AUAAAAUCGAAAUCCUGAAAACCCUAGAAUAUGUUUCCAUCGUUCCCAUCUGCAAGAGAAGAGAGCAUAGCCGCAUUUUGUGUCUAACUCUCAAGGGGACCAUAGUUGCUUCGAGGAAACAAUGGCUUACGCUGCUAUGAAACCCACUAAGCCCGGCUUGGAGGAGUCGCAGGAGCAGAUCCAUAAGAUUAGGAUCACUCUCUCCUCUAAGAAUGUCAAGAAUCUCGAGAAAGUUUGUACCGACUUGGUUCGUGGUGCUAAGGACAAGCGCCUCAGGGUCAAGGGACCUGUUAGAAUGCCAACUAAAGUUCUUCUCAUUACCACUAGGAAAUCCCCCUGUGGAGAAGGUACAAACACAUGGGACAGAUUUGAGCUGCGUGUGCACAAGAGAGUCAUUGACCUCUACAGUUCCCCUGAUGUUGUUAAGCAGAUUACCUCAAUCACAAUUGAACCUGGUGUGGAGGUUGAGGUGACCAUUGCAGAUGCUUGAUUUUGUCCUAAUUUUUUUCUCUGCAUCCUAGUUUAUUUUGUAAUUUAGCCUCUUGGCUCGGGAUAUGUUGAGUCCAAUACAUUAGGGUUAAUGCUUUUCCUUUUUCCAUUAAAAUUUUUGAAGUUCAUUAAUUGUGGUAAUGACUUGAUUAUCUUUUGUUUUAUGGUUGUGGACAUUAAUGAAUACCAUGAGAAAUGUCAUUCCAAAUUAUUU